GACACCAGAUUCCAUCCUCAUAAGAUUCUACAUUUCACAAACAAUUCAAAAUGACCACCCACCUCGCCGCCGUCUCCCUCGCCAAAGGAGAACCCUUCCAGCUCCAAACCCGCCCGACCCCCAAACCAGGGCCUGGUGAGCUCCUCGUCGCCGUCAAAUCCGUCGCCCUCAACCCAGCCGACGGCAUCAUGCGCAGUCAAGGCCUCUUCAUAUCCUCCUACCCCACGGUCAUCGGUUUCGACUUCGCCGGCCUAGUGCUCGAGGUCGGCGACAACGUCCCCGUCGAUUUCCGACCGGGCAUCACCCGCGUCGCUGCCUACGCCACCCACGUCUGGAAGUCCUGCGAUCCGGACUACGGCGCCUUUCAGGAGCGGUGUCUCGUCCCCUGGCAGCAUGCUCUGCUUUUGCCGGACGAUGGUCUCUCGUGGAACCAAGCGGCGACCUUGCCCGUUGCCGUGCAGGUCCCUCUGAGCGCGUGGGAUGCGAUGGGCAUUCCGCACGUGGGGGAAGCCACUGCCCCCUCUUCCUCUUCCUCUCCUUCUAAGCAACAAAAGAGAGACGUCCUCUUGAUUUGGGGUGCGUCCUCCAGCGUGGGCACGAUGGGCGUGCAAACCGCUCGGUUGCUGCGGGACGAUCGCGACUCUUCUUUCGCCGCUGUGUAUGCUACGGCCGGUACGGCGAACCACGAGUACGUGGGCUCUUUAGGCGCGGAUCGCGUCUUCGAUUACAACGAGCCGCGGGUAGUGGAGGCAAUUGUGUCGGCGGCCAGAGAAGACGGUCUAGUGAUUCGACACUGCUUUCUUGCCACGGGGCAGCUGGCGCCGUGUCAGGCUGUGCUGAAGGCUUUCUGUGACGAUUAUCAUGAUCAAGAGGGAGAAAGCCAGAAAGCGAGGAUCGGGUCGGCGCCGAUCGUUCCUCCGGAUGCAGAGGAGGCGGAUGGCGUGGAAACUAUCUUUGUGAUGCCGUCGACGGACGAAGGGGAGAGGUUGGCUCGGUUCCGGUAUUGGAUGGGGACGGCGAGGGAGAAUCUGGCCAACGGGUCUAUCAGACCCAGUCCGGAGCCGAGGGUCGUGGGGAAGGGUUUGGAGGCGAUCAAUGCCGGGUUGGAUGUGCUACUCCGAGGGGUGAGCUGUACGAAGUUGGUGGUUGAGGUUGCGGAGUGAGGAUUUCUGGCGCUAGAUGAGAAGAUGUGAUGUGAUGUGAUGUCCGCUUGCUUGCGUCAAGGGAUGACUACCCCAAUUCAAAUUAAUAUUCGUCAUGAGUUUGCGUCACGUCGUCAGAGCUACCAUAUAUACAUUGCGGGGUGGCAGAUAGGGAUAUUUGUACACAACGUCCUUCACAAGGCGAGACCGCUGCCAUCCCCGGUCCAGCGGUAGAGCGCCAAAACCUCCCGCCUGCGCUGUUGCUGUUCGCCAAAGUCCUCGGGCAUGCGUCCGCGAACCUGCGCGAGAGCUGACCGCAUCACUUUUCGGAAUGUUCUCUGAGCGAAAAAUGGUCUGUUAGUACGGAGCAUGUCCACCGGGGCGAGUAAUUCCGGGAGACCACAAUCUUACCUGAUAUUCAGUGUUUAAUGUCACAACGCAAGCCUCGUGGGCGCGGACAAUCGUCUCACAGGCGCGGACAACGCUGGGACUCGCAUC